AAAGUUCAUUCGAUUAAUACUGACCACCUCUAAUGACGAAUUUUAACAAAGUAAACACAAAGAAAAUCCUAUUGUAUUGUCAGAAGUGCAUAUAAUUUACGAUAAACGUUUCCAGUGCUUUGUGUCAAGUUUACGUAAUUAUUCCGUUAAAUACAGUUGUUUCGAAAGCCCACUCAGCUGAUACGAUGGACAAAAUGCACGUACAACCAUCGAAGAUUUUCAUCAAUCCCGACUUCAAAAAGGCUCAUAUCAAUCGGAACUUUUUAGCAAAAAGAAUUUUUCAGCCGUCAGUUCCCACAGUUACAAGCAAUUCUUUUUUAGCUCAGCCUGCUCCAAACAUCCAUCUUAAUCCGGUGUUUAUUGAAAAAUUACAAAAACAGAAACAGCUUGAAGAACUUGUCUUCCGUGAAACGACCUUGAAAGCAACGUCAUUGCUCAAUCCUAUUAUUAAGCAUACCAAGAGAAAAUUGGUUCGAGCUUCUUCCACAAUGACGGUUAAACCCUCCGCCUUUCCUCGAGAACCGCUUCUAGCACCAUUGGUGAAAAUAAGUAAGAAUAAGCUAGUCCGAUCCACUCCGGUAGUACCGAAUAUCGUUUCCGCAAAGACUGACGUUAAUAUCAGAAAACGCUACAAGUUAGUUAAUAAAUUUAGUUCAUCGAAUUCCAUCAUCAAAGCCAAAAAUCUAAUUCGACCAUACUCGCUGAUCAGAAGCACAUCUCUUGACCCGCAGAAAGUUAUUGUUACGGACCGAAGAUUACUUAAAUUGGAAGCUAAAUCACCGUCGGUUGCAUCCACCGGAAGACCCGCAUCCUAUGCCUCCCCCAACAAAAAACUAGUUAUGAUUAAUAUCAACGGAUUACUGUACCGAUCAUCAACCACCAAGCUGCAGGUGUCAAACGCCACCCCACAGAACACUUCCACCAAUAAGGAACGUUGCCUUAAGAUCCGCGGAACAACAUUUUUACUAGAUCCCAGUGGAAACAAGCUACGAAAGGUGCCCUCCAUGUCGGAAGGAUUGUCGUCUGAAGCUAAGCUCGUACGUAUUGACAUUGGACGGCUCACGUACAUGCCAAAGACCGAUGGAACUUUCGUUAAAACAGAUGUGCAUCGAACGAGAAGCCAUUUGAGCCAGGCAAAGCAAAAAAGCAUUCAGGUUUUGACGAAUAAAUUGCGCAAAUGCAAUGUGCCUUGUCCGAUCUACCGACGGCUGGGAAAGUGUACGGCCUUCGCACAUGGACGAUGCCCCAAGGUGCAUGAUCCUAGGCAUGUGACGAUUUGCUCGAAGUUUUUGAGAGGUGAAUGCUCUAAUGUGGAUUGUUUACUGUCACACAAUGUAUCGCUUGAAAAAAUGCCUGUCUGUCGGUUUUAUCUUGAAGGACGAUGCGACCGAAACGAGUGCCCAUACCUGCACAAAAAAGUCAGCGAGAAGGAACGGGUUUGUGAAGAUUUUCUUAAAGGUUUCUGUCCUCUAGCAGAUAAGUGCCAACGACGACACGUGUUUGUUUGUCCACAAUUCGACCGCUUAGGGGUAUGCAAAGUGGCCAAGUGCCCUUAUCAACAUGGGCGCCCUAAUGAGAAAUCAUCGACCAAGCGAUCUCAAGAAACGGUUGUCAACCGUUUGCCUAACGAAUCGUCUGCGAUGCGCCAGGAGAGUGUCGUCACUUCAAUUCGAAGAUACUACUCGGACAAACCUGACGAAUCCAGCGCAAAGGACGGUGACCGGCUGAAUGCUGCUGAGAGAGCCCAACUCAAACGUGUUUUAGGUAAGGUGGAAAAAAUGAAGCAAGGGCAUUUGGGUGCGGGAUCUUCUUUGGGGGGGUCAGUGAAUAAAAAGGAAGAAGUGAUAGUAAUUGACAGUGAUGAAGAUAGUGAAAGUGAAGAAGAUGGUGCAACAACUACGAUCGCCAGAAGAGUCAAGCUGGGACCUUUGCCAUCGUAUAUACCUUUAUGAAACGGUCGACGUUACUCUUUGCCAUUGCUAAUUGAAUGAUAACUAUAUUAUAAUGUGUGAUUGUUAAUGCUCGGCUUCAAUUCUUCCGGUAUAAUGCUAAGAUAAAUUUAGGCGAAAUUUUACAUAGUUCGUAAUUAUUGAGUUAAGUAAAUGGUUUUUAAUUUAUCAGCAAGUAAAAAAGUGAUGAAUUGAAGCAGCAGUCGUUAUACUUGAAUCUAAGCUGUGCUGUUUGGUUAAUAAAAACAAAUAAAAGAGCGAGAGAAA